UUCCAUUUUUAUGCGUUUCUAACGGAUUGUUCGCGGUCUUGUUGUUAUUUUUUUAAAAGACAAUUUUUAAAUAUUUUUUGUUGUUUUCUGUACUACGGAAAAAUUAAGUGGAGACAGAUCUGUGAACUUUGAAUUGAUAUUUAUUUAUCGGUUUGUCGAGGGUGCUCUUUCUUUUCCGGAGAUGUUGGCCUCUUGUUGUAAAUCGGCUGUGCUGACGAGAAACCAGCUUCCAGGCCGUGCUUUGAUCCAGUGCCGUCACAAAUACAAGAAAAAAUGGGCUGAAACACGGCGAAGCAAUGCCCCUGUUGAUUUGGCGAUUGACGCUUUUGACGGCAUGUACGGGAACGGAUUGUACGAGCGCCAGUGGCCUUCCAUCCGUCUGGCACUCCUUUCCUUGCCCAAAUACUGUGCCGUCAUCAAUAAUUUCAGUGGUCGUCGGGAUGAAGUGCAGGCCAGACUGGUUGAAUUGGGAGCGAUGCCGUUGGAAACUUUGGUGCGGAAGGUGCAGCCGCCCCACGCUACCGUAGCAGCUCAUAGCGGCGAUAGUGAUGCUGCAGCAGACAGUGCAAAAAGUGUCUCAACAGCGGCAUCGGAUGAUCGACCGUCGGAUGUUAAUGACAGAUUACGGAGUUUAGCCGGUAUUGCAAAUCAGGAAAAUGCUGGCGAGGAAGCAGCGGCCGAGGAAGAUGCGGAAUUUAUGCCCGCCACGAAAUUCGUGGAGGAGACCAUUGAACCGCCGCCGAUGCGCAUCGAUUUGUCAUCCAUCGAGCGUAGUCAGCAUCCCGUGGUGCAGGAUGAAUUUCCCCCGAGUAUACCGUAUUUCCUGAAAGUGCUGGUGUUUCCACGCGGGGAUGUCACGCGGUUCCCGGCUCCUAAAAAGGAUCUGAGUGGAUUCCAUGAAUACUACCUUAUGGAUGCCGCCUCACUACUUCCGGUGAUCGCUUUAGGCCUCCGUCCAGGUGAUAUUGUAUAUGACAUGUGCGCGGCUCCAGGUGGAAAAUCCCUAACCAUGCUGCAAACAUUAUUGCCAGGACAUUUGACGUGCAAUGAUGUCUCGGAGUCGAGAACGAAGCGCCUGAGCAAAGUACUGCAGGAUUUUUUCCCACUGGACACCGCCGAGAUGCCGUGCCGCGUGCAGAUAACGAAUCACGACGGCGCAUGGUACUACAGUGAGGCCGAUGAUAAACCCGAUCGGAUACUGGUGGAUGCGCCGUGCACGAAUGAUCGUGUUUCCUGUACAGAAAAUGAGAACAAUAUGUUUACGAGUCGGCGUACCGCCGAUCGCAAUGCGGCUCCGCAGCGACAGCUGGAGCUUUUGAUGUGCGCCUGUGAUGGUGUGAAAGUUGGUGGCACGGUGGUCUAUUCUACGUGUUCACUAUCGCCGGUACAAAAUGAUGGUGUGGUGCAUCUGGCCAUUACCGAACUGGAGCGGUUACACAAGAUUAAAAUGGCGGUUGUGGAUACUUCUCCUUUUCGGGAAAUCUUUAAUCGUGUGUUUCGCUUUUUGAACACUGGCAGUGUGUACGGCCAAACGAUAUUGCCUUUUGUUCCGAAUAAUUUUGGUCCCAUGUACUUUUCUAAAUUGCUCAGGCUUCAGUAAAAAUUAUUUCCAGUAGUUUGAAGCUGUUUUUGACAACGGGAUUUCUUCAGCUGAUUCCCCGUUUAAUGCUUUCGAUUUGACGCUGACUUACGUUAUCUGGUGGUCGAAAUAAAAAAAUAUAU